AUGAAAUUACUUUAAGCUAUAUUAUGGUUAGGAUUAAUUUUAAAGCUAAUUGAAUGUUCAAUUAAACCAUUUGGAUCUAUUCCAUUAAAAGCAUAUUCUUCAAAUUAAAAAGAGAUAACUUACUUUCUAUUCUCUUUUUUCAAUGAAAUUUCAAUUAAUAGCAAUGCAUUUGUUCAGAUAAUAUUUCCACAUGAAUACAAAGCCUAUUUUUUUGAAAGCAAUUUGGAGUGUUCUAUGCUUCAAAACGUAAAAAGCAUUUUGCCAACAUAAUUGCAAAAUGGUUCUUUCAGAUAGUUGCCAUGUGAGUUUAACUCAGAUGGAGUCAUUCUUAUCUAGGCAGGAUAAAUUAUAAGCGGGAUUAAUCAAGUAGUUGUUGGUCAAAUUCGCAAUCCAUCUUUACCUUAGACAAGUGAAUUCGGUAUCAGAACAUACUACAACGAUGUUAUGGUAGAACAAAACGAUGCUUUUAGUACUCUUAGUUUAGCUCCACCUCCUUUACAAAUUUAAAAUCCCGAAGUGUACAGAGUAAGCAAUUCAAGGAUAAAUGAAGGAAGUACCUGGUAGUUUGAUUUUUAAACAAUCUAGAGUUAUAAUAUUGGAAACACUUUUCGUUUUACUUUUCCUGAUGGUUUUUAAUCUUAAAAAGUACUCUGCAAUGUUGAUAACUUGUACGGCUAAGAUCCGAUAGUAGAAAUAUAUCACAACAAAAGAAUCAUCUCCUGUAAAAAUCUUUAAAAAAAUAUAGUUUCAGGAGCAUUAAAUUCUGUGAAAUUAAUUAACAUGGUUAAUCCUUAUUACAGUGGGUUCAUGCAAGGAUUCACUGUAGAAGUCUUAUAAGGAAAUUCUACAAUUGUUUUAGAAAAAGCAUAUUUUCCAGGAAAUAUAGAAAUCCACCCUGGUAUAUUAAAUAUCACCUAUCAAGGAAAUGAUAAUUUUAAGCUUUCUAAUACAACCUAUGCCUUUUUUAUAAAUCUUGUUAACCCUGUUGAUUCCUCAGGCAAACUUUAUAUUAACUUCACUAAAGAUUGGUUUCUCUUUUCUCCUAACUGCACAAUUAUAUCAGGAUUUAAAUUGAAAACUUUCUAAAAUUCUCCAGAUCCAUAAAUCAGAUGCAUGCUAUUACCUUAACAAAAUUCUUAUUUGAUUGAAAAUUUUUAGAGCAUUGAUAAUGACAGUAGAUUGGUUAUUACAAUAUUUUUAUAAUCUCCGCCUUGGUAAAACUAAUACCCAGUAACUAUAGGUACUUAUAACACUGUGAAAAAUGCUUUUAUAGAUUUAGGAAUAGUUAAUAUAAAUAUAAAUGCUACUUAUGGUUCUACAAGAGUGUUUGCAGCUCAUCCCAUGCAAAUUCCUAUUAGAUUAAGCUCAUGCUAAUCUGGGCCUUUAGAAAUUACUUUGUUUUUAAAGAACCCUCUUCCUUAAACUAAUGUAGGUACAGUUGGUAAAAUUAUUAUAGAGGUUUUCCCUUAGUUACCAGCUCCUCCACCAUAAAAUGGUAUAUUUACCUGCUAUUUCUUUGCCACUAUUCCUUCGUCUAAGUGUACUUACGAUACUGCAUCAAAGGCAGAUAGGACUAUUAUAACUGUAUAUACUCCUCUUGAUUAAGGGUUCCAUGAAAGCGAAAUCCCAAUAACAAUUACAACUGUUGGCCCUUCUCCUGGCUAUGAUGCUGGAAUAUAAUUACCCAAGCUAGUUUAGAGGUAUUUGUUUUUUAUCACGUUUUGGGAUUGUGAAUGCUAAUUACCUUUAAAUGUCCCUAAAGAAGUAUACUUUACAGAAUUUGUCCCAUAUGCAUUUAAUAUUCCAUCAAAUAGUAUUUAAGCAACAAACUUAGUGACAAAUUAAAAUGAAUUUACUUAUUUAACAUUCAAGUAUACUCACCCAAACUAUAAUGGAGUGUGUACAGCUCCUUCUGGAUUUGAUUUAUAUGAAACACAGAGGAAUUAUAUAUAUAAAAUUGAUUUUGUAAACUAUAAUUAGUAGGCUUGGUAGAGUUAUGCAGGGUAUUCACAAAAAUAGAUUAUAUAAAAUUACCCUUGUUAUGUUUAUGGUACACAAAUUGAUCCUACUGAUAAAAUUACCUGUGACCUACAUUGUGAUUAAACAUAUUCUUAUUUAACUAUAUAGGGUUUUAAAACAUCCAAAGUGACUGUUGGAUCUACUAUUAAUAUAGAAAUACCUCGUAUAGGUAUUGUAGAUUAAGCAGGUGUAUAAGUUUAUUAUUAAUUUAGUUUAAAUGAAGAAACUCCUGGUAUGUUGGGACAAUAUGUUUAAAUUUAUAAAUACUAAGGUUUACUAUUCACUACAACUUCAUACCCCACAUAAAACACCUAUCCUACUAUUCCUCAAAUUAUUUUGAGUAACUAAUUUGUAAAUUAAGCUUCUUAGCAUGAAUAUAAUUUUUAGAUAUCUUCAUCUGCUCAAUUCAUAAUAUAUGAACUACUAUAAGUACCAUAAAUAUUUCCUAAUCUAGCCUUUAAAGUAUUUACUUGUGGACCUGGUGCAAGCUAGUGUAUAACAUAUCCCUCACCAGUAAAUUGGAUUGUUUUUACUCCAAGCACAGCUCAAACUGCUACAGCAUAAACGAUAAUAAAUUCUGGGGAUAUUUUUCAUAAUCCACCUUAUUCAGGAAGUUUUACUUAUCAUGCUCGAAUAAUAUCUUCAAAUAUUGUUACUCAAACAAAUACACUUUUAUUUUAAGUUAUCCCAGGAGUUUUUAAUCCAGCAGUUAUCUAAUUAGAUGCAUCUGAAGAUCCUAACUAAAUUUUCAAACUUCUUGAACACAAAUUUGUGAUUUAAAUAACAACAUAAAACCUUGUUUAGUAAGACGGAGGUUUGAUUUUAACUGUUCAUAAUUGCUAAUUAUCUUAAUCUUAAUAUUUUUAUCUCGAAAUAAAUGGCAUUAAUUAACUUAACAUAGAUGGUGUACUAUAUAGCAAAAUUGGCUAAAAUUAAUUAUAAAUUUAUAACUUAGACUAAUUUAUUGCGAAUACUUAAGUCAAGAUUAUUUUAUAUUUAUUAAUGCCAAGUACAAGUACUGCGAAUAUUUCGGUUGAUGUAACGACAUAUUGGAACAGAAACUUUUAAAAUAAAGUAGAUGAAAUCAUAGGUUUACAAAUUUCUUCACCAUUGACAUUAAGAGAUAUAGCAAUGCAAGAUUUCCAAGUAGUUUAGCCUGUUGAAAUCAACUAAACUCCUGGUGUCAACUAUGUAGGGCCAUUCUUCACAAAUUUUAUACCUUAAAAUCCUAACCCUCUAUACAUAAGAUGUACAUGGUAAGUAGACUUUACAACACCUGGUGUUCCAGGCUAAGACCCCCUGAUCUGUUAGGUAGCUGGGAAUGUAGUACCUUGUUAUUAUUAGUCUUCAAGUCCUCUUUGCAUUAUACUUGAUACUUCUUCAAUAUCUAUCUCAAAUGCUUCUACCUCUCAAAUUUCAGUAAGCACUUAGUAUGUUGCACCUUAAAAUGGAUUAAAGUUUCCAUCAUAAGGUGGUUGGUAUGAAUACGAUAUAGAAGUCUUAAACUCUUCUAAGAAUCCCAUAGAAAAAUACUCCUAAUUUAUAUUCAUCACUCCGAAGCUUAUGAAUUACUUAAAAACUGAAUCAGCUAUAUCUUAAUAAGGAGCUUAAAAUAUAAUAAGUUUCUAUUUUUCAAAUACAGAUCCAAUCCCUUAAUAUUCAAAUGGUGGUUUAAUUCAAUUAUAAUUUCCAACUGUUUCAGCUGAUGGCAGUACUAGCAUUUUUGAUAGCUCUUUAGGCAUAGUUAACGGUGUUACGGGAACUCCUGUUGGCUGCUGGUUUAGUGCCUCUAUUCCUGGAAAUAAUUUAUCUUGUUCUUUAAUUAAAUCAUAAACAACUGGUAGACCUGCUUUUAUCGAAAUACAUAAUUUUGAUUAAAUUCCAGCAAACACAGAUAUGAUUAUCAGAGUAGCAGGUAUAAAAAAUCCAACAAAUUAAGUAUCGUUGGUAACAUUAACAGUCACUAUUUUAUAGAGAAACAUAGCUUUAGGAACAUAUUAUUAUAUAAAUUAAAUGCAAGAUAACUUAGCUCUAAAUAUUCCAGCAGCUGGAGGUACAACUCCCUCAGAGCUUAUGCAAAUUAAUGUUGCUUUUCCAAGCUAAAAUCCUUAAUUUUCUCAUCCUUUGUAGAGUAAUGCUAAUUUGAAUGUAGGAGAUUACUUCGUUACUGUCCUACCUUAGCCAUUUUUAUAAAUCUCAACAAACAAAGGAGUUUUACCUUCAUGUGAUUAAGCUACUUACUAAUAUUGUAUAGCUUUUUCACAAAUAAAUUGGAUUGUUCUAAAAUUAAAAGUAUAAAUAGCUUCAAAUACAAUUAAAAAUACUCUAGAAGACAUACUUUAGCUUCCACAGUUUGUUCCAAAUUCAUAAAUUACUUUCCCUACUUAAAUUUGGAGUAAUAAUUAAUAUAAUACAUUCUUGACAAAUGUCAUUAGUCCCUCUACAUUUGAUGGAGUAGUCACACCCAUAAUAACAUCCGCUGUUAAAUGUGCAGGAAAUCCAAAUAAAUGCUUAAAAAAUAAAUUAAGAGUAGAAGUACUCAUUUCAUUCACUAAUCCGAAACCAAUCCCACUUAAUGGGGCCAUUCUAAUUAUGUUUCCUCCUGAAAUUCCAAAUAUAUAUGCCCAAUGUAGGAGUUCUACUGCUAAUGGUUCAUAGCUUUACUCAGUUGCUGGCAAUAAUGCUGGAGAAAUAGGAUGUGAGGUUUAAAACACAAGAAAUUGGGUAAUUAAUGGAUUCUAAUUGACUCCUGCUGGUUCUAAUAUUGCUAUUUAUGGAUAUAUAGAUAUGCCAACUUCAGGUGGGUAAACUUAAAAUGUAUAGAUAUUUGUUUACUAAAACUAUGAUAACAUCAACUAAUUUAAUAAUGGGUUCAAAAUUAUGAGAACAACGACUGCUGGAUUAUUUACUGUUAUCAAUUAAAACCCACUAAAUUUAUCAGAAAAUACUUCUAUUUAUAAAAUUGAUAGUCCUAUAAAGUAAGGAUAUGUAGGUCCUUUUGUAAUCUAGUUGAAUUUUAAUGCUCCUUCAGGAAUUUUUAAUUUAUAUUUUGCCUUAUAAGAUUAUGUUAAUAAUAAUGAUUCUGUUGGAUUUGGAAUAACUGCAUCUGUUAACAAAUACAAAUGUGCAUUUUAUACAGAACAGCCAAAACCAGAAACUCUAAGUAAUUACAUGAAUUGCAAUGUUAAAUCAAUAAGUCUCACAUCAAGUUUUGUAGUAGUUCAAAUCGAGCCUUUAAAUCCUAGUUAGCUAGCUAGUGGCACAACUUACACAUUUGAAUUAACUUCACAAAAAGGAGAUGGCUCUGUAGAAGGUAUUGAGUGGCCAACAAAAAGUGGAGUUUACUAAAUAGUAAUUGAAAAUGCAAAUAUCAAUUUAAAGUAAAGUAUUUAUGCAGAUGUAAUUCAAGAUAAAUUUACGAAUGCUGACAUACAGGGAUAUGUUACUUUGCAAGGUGAGCCUAAUAUUAUAGAUGUUUCUUUAACUCCUAGCAUCUAAAUAAUAUCUAGUAACUUAUUAGUUUUAGAAAUAGGAUCCGUAAGUAGUGAUGGCACUACUUAAUUAUUCUCAGCUAAUCCAGGUAACUUAUCAGACUAUUCAUAAGUAGUAAUUGAUAUAAUUCCUACAACUAAUAAUCCUUUGAAUUUUGAAUGUAGAUUCUCAAAAGGAAAUACAGAUACAACUCUCAGUGGAGGAGUAAGCAUUAAAAUUUUAUGCAGUAAAUUUACUAGAAGUGUUGCAGCUGGAGAAGUCUUAAGAUUUGUAUUUUAAUUACAAAAUCCAACUUUCAUAGCCACUCCUUAAUAAAUUGUUGUACCUUUAAAUAUUUACACUUUUGAUGUUCAAUCUAAUAGAAAAUUGAACCACAUUCUGAUUGAAAACAGUAGUUUAUUUGUUACAUCGUUCAAUCCAUCUUCUGAUAUAUUAUCAUCUUCAGCUCCAUUCACUCCCAGUUCCUCAAGUCUUGCUGUUACUAAUUCAAAUCUUGCAUUUUAGAGUGGAAAUUCCUUACCAAUAGGUCCUAGAGAUACUUAUAUUCUUCGCUUUUAAUUUGCCUUUGUUGGAACAACAAGCAUAAAUCUUAAUACACUCUAGUAAAAUGGAUCAAAUGUAGGUUAAGUUAUACUUCUUUAAAAUUUACAAACCUUAUUGCUUAACCCCUCUAACGGAUUUACUUUAAGUAGUACAAGUGUAGCUUCUAUUAUGGGAUGUUGGAACACUCCUUAAUAUCUUCUAGCAACAUAAGUUACUGGAUAUGCAUAUUAUAGAUAAUAAAGGAGAACUGAAAAAGUAAUAUAUACCUCAUAUUAUGGAGAUGGAAGCGGUACACCAACACCAUCUUCAGGAAUAAGUUUAACUAUGAGUCUAGUAAAUGGAGUUAAUUUAGCAGGUUAAAAAGAAGAUUACAUAAUAAGUGUUACAGCUCCAUAAUUCAAAUCAACCAAGAAGUUAAUGAUAAAAUACCCAACAGGAAUCUUUGGGAUAAACUCUUUUGACUGUAGGAUGUCUCCUGGUUCGUAAAUUGAAAUCAGUCGCUGUUACAUGAAUUAAAUUGGUACUGAUAUAGCUAUUUGGGUAGAUAUAACAAAUAAUUCACAACACCUAAAUACUCCAUAAAAACUUGUAAUAUAAACAACAAAUCUGGCUAUGGUUAAUCCUUAAAAUGCUAAUAUUGAUGUAAAUAUGAAUACCUUCUUUCUUAAAUUCUUUUCUUGGACUGGAAGCACUGAACCAACAGGGUUAGAUACUUCUUUAACAUUAAAUAAUUAUGUCAUAUAAUCAGGAACAGAUUCUUCUGGAACUUCUUUUUCAUUUAUUACUAAUACAGUUCCAGAUCAUCCUGUCUUAGAUUUCAAGCAUUUUAGAUAUAUAGAUGACUUUUAUCUGACUGAUGGAACUUUAACAAGAGCUUUGAUUCAAUUUGAAUUUAAAAUACCAUCUGCUCUGUCUGCAACACCAAAUAAUAUGCUUAAUAUUGUAUAUCCAUAAUAUAUUACUAUCGACCCAUUGAUUACUUAAACUUCAGACACUCUUAGAAAUACUCUUAGAUGUAUGAUCAAUAACAACUACAGAAAAUGCACUAUUAACCAAUUAACUCGCACUAUAUCUAUCUAAUUUACUUAUAGUCUUUCAGUAAAUUAAGUUAUUUUUGUCUCCGUUGGUGUCAUUGAUCCAUUUAACUAUCCUUAAAAAUAUGGUAAUUUUUUACAAAAUUUACUUUGUUAUGAAUCUGAAAUUUUUAUAAAUAUUAAACUAAAUAGGGUUUGGUUGGAAUACUGA